CUAAUCGUCAUCCACCUAUUUUUCUUUUAUUUUUUUAAUAAUUUACAAUUUAUUUUUAUAAUUCCUAAAUCCACAUAUUUCCAAGAUUCCAGACUUUAAUUUCAUUUUCAACGAAUUCCAAAAGAAAACUUUCUACUCUCUCCCUCUCAUGCCUUUUCAUCUCUCCAAUUCCCUCCUUCAGGUUGAUUUUGAUUGUAUGUGGAUGUGGAAAUUAUGAUUCUUCUGUAGAUAAAAUUUUUCGUAUCUGCUAUUGAGGAUAUAUAAACAUAUCCUAUAUAUAUAUAUAUACAUAUAAUUGUGUUGGCACGAGAGGGUGCAGAGUUGGGGAUUUUGAAGAGAAAAUCAAGCAAUAGUUAUGGGAUAUCUCAAUUCCGCUUUGUCAUCUUCUAGCCAGGUUUAUGCUGACGAUGCACCCGUUACCGGUGGUGGUCUAAGUCAAAAUGCAAAGUUCAGCUAUGGGUAUGCAAGCUCUCCUGGGAAAAGGUCUUCAAUGGAGGAUUUUUAUGAGACAAGAAUAGAUGGUGUAGAUGGAGAGAUAGUUGGUCUCUUUGGAGUCUUUGAUGGGCAUGGGGGAGCUCGAGCUGCAGAAUAUGUUAAACAAAAUCUUUUCAGUAACCUCAUCAGUCAUCCAAAGUUCAUUUCUGAUACCAAAUGUGCUAUAGCUGAUGCAUACAAUCAUACAGACUCGGAAUUUCUGAAAUCAGAAAAUAAUCAGAACAGAGAUGCUGGAUCAACUGCUUCCACUGCCAUCCUUGUUGGUGAUCGUUUACUGGUUGCAAAUGUUGGGGAUUCCAGAGCUGUUAUUUGCAAGGGGGGAAAUGCUAUUGCUGUUUCUCGAGAUCACAAGCCUGACCAAACUGAUGAGCGACAACGGAUUGAAGAUGCUGGAGGUUUUGUGAUGUGGGCAGGAACAUGGAGAGUUGGAGGUGUACUUGCUGUUUCUCGUGCAUUUGGUGAUCGGCUUUUGAAGCAAUAUGUUGUUGCUGAUCCAGAUAUUCAGGAGGAGAAGGUUGAUAGCUCUCUUGAGUUUCUUAUUCUCGCAAGUGAUGGACUAUGGGAUGUUGUAACGAAUGAGGAGGCUGUUGCAAUGGUUAAACCGAUCCAAGAGCCAGAGGAGGCGGCAAAUAAGCUGAUGCAGGAAGCAUGUCAAAGAGGUAGUGCAGAUAACAUUACUGUUGUUGUUGUACGUUUCUCAGCCAAUCAACCGGCGUCUUCGGCAUCUUCUCGUAGUGGUCACUCUGGUUAAGAAUAUUCUCCUAGCCAUACGGGCAUUGACUUUUUUGGUUGCUAUAAUGUGUACUUCACAUUGUGCCAUUAGGAUAGAAUUGUAUCCGAUAUUGUAGCUAGCUAGAAAUGUGCAUGCUUAAAAUUGUGAAGACUAUGUUUCCACUUUGAAUGUUGUACAUGUUGUACCAAAUAAAGAAUGUUGUAUAUGCAGUUUAAACAUCUUUUUAGUUGGCC